ACCACAACACGGAAAAUACUCGUCGGCCAUAUUGGAAUAAACAAGCUUUGCUCGCUUAUCGAAUAAACACUGUUUACGGCCAAACUAGAUCCAUUUCGGAGCUAUGGAGUAGCAUUUAUGGUGGAUAUUCAGCAAGGACCAUUAUGAGGAAAAAGGUACAGGUUGGAUGAUGGAGAUCAGAUAAUGUGUACAACGUUAUACCACAGGGAUGAUAGUGGACAACAUUGCUCUGCCUACAGAUCCUGUCAUGUUGUCACAGUUACCUCCCCUGGCUGUGGAUUCCAUGACACAGAUACAAUUAACAGAGUUUAUCCCCCAGCUGGUCACUCUAGUGACAGGAAGACAGCAUCCCCUGUUUGGUAAAAGCCAGUAUCGACCAGACUGGUGGCCCCAGGAUGUAUCUUGGUCCUGGCCAGGUUCUGAUGACAUAAAACAAAGUGAGAACCUGAAACACAGUGACGACCUCAAACAAGACGAGCUAAAACUAGAGAUGCUGCGGAAAAUAGUCACAAGUUGUUACAAACAUUUAGACCAGGAGAAUCUACUAAGUGCUGCAAGUCUUCCACAGGAAAACAAGGGAACCUCUCAGAAACUUCCUGUCACCCGAGUGUUGUUCGAGCAUGAUGGAAACCAGAAUGCUGUUUGUUCUCAGGAAAAUCCUAAACCCACAGUCACACAAGGCCCGCCACAGGAGGAAAGUCCUACCCAGGCUAACAACCCUAUCUGGGUGUGUUUCCUUUGUGCCAAGCAAUUCACCAACCAGUCUGACCUUAUGGUUCACCAAGACAAAUGUGAGAAUGAGGAGGAGGAGGCAGAGGCAGAAAAAGAGACGGUCUCUAAAGUGUUACCCACACAGUUCGUCCCAAAUACUCUGCCAUUUCAGGCAGUCCCCACAAUUAUAUCAGCACAGACUAUCCAAAUAGCCCAGCCUAAACGUAUGGGCCGAUCACGUGUCAUUCCUACUCGUUUGGUGCAGAGGAGGAGGAGACGUUUUAGGGAGAUUUAUAUCCCUCCGCCCAAGGAUGUGUUUAUAAAACUAUUGGACCUAGGGGAGAAACCACGAGACGACAGUGCCCCGGUGGUCAAAGAGGAACAUGUAGACAGUGACUGUGAAAUUAUUGAUGUAGAGAUGGUAACUACACCGGUAACUCCUCGCACUCCAAAGUCUCUAAUGUCGCAGCUGAGUCGGGACGCGGAGGGAAGUCACAGGAAGCGCCAGCUCAGCUUCUCUGGACUUGUGAGUGAUUCCGACAGUGGUGGAGAGUCAACAACGAAGGAAACCAAACCUGCUCCCGCCAUCUGCUCCUUACUUCUUAACAUUGAUCUCUCCUCCCCUCUUGGACACAGGGUAAAAAAACAACUUAAGAUUGACAACACUAUUCCUAUCAUAAGUAAGGCAGACAUUUACUGUAGGGGGUAUGACAAAAAUAACUUUUUUGAAAAAUUAAGACAGAGAGAAUCUGCGUAUCCAUGUACAUUUAAGAAGAAAAGGAAACAUGCUCAGUAUCAUCAUAGAAUGAAGUUCUCUAGUUCACAGAGACGUGAGUUUAUGAUAACACAAAAGACUGGUCUAAAUAGAAAAAGUCGGAAACUUCUUAGUCAGAUGGAGCCGUGUAAGGUUGAGUUGGAGCACAUGGACCCUGCUGAAGUCAAAGAGUGGUUGAGGCCUAAACCCAGGCCACUCAUGCCCAACUACUACCAGCAGGCCCGAUAUGCUCAGGCCGUGUUUUCAAGGACUUCUUCAAAUGCCAGACAAUUCAGCAAUGAAGUUAUACAGAGGGCCAUUGGGAAGCCUCUGUGUGGACCCUUGUCUGCCAAGAUCCGUCACAUGAACCAAAGUCUAGCCUCACUUUCAAAGAUGACCCCUAUCCCAAGGUCAUACAUGGUCACCCAGGUUGUGAAGAAUGCGGAUGGUUCAGAGACCAUGAGAAUGGUGCAUGACCAGAACUCUGCGUAUCGUCCAGUCUACAGGUCCCAGGCUGCGGCUGCAGCCAGUCGCAGGAAGCAAAAUUUUGUGAGUGAACGACUUGAACGAUCAAAUAAUGAGGUAGAGAUUAUAGACUUGUCUUCAUCUGAUGAGGAAAAGGAACCUAUCAAGCAAGAAGUCCGAAAACCCAUCAAAGCAAUCCAUAGAGCUAAUAUACUGUCUAAGGUGUUCAAACCAUCUGGGUCAUUCCAGCCUCGUCCCUCUGGUAGUGGACUACAGAAUAGCACCACCCUUAGCAGACCACACCCAUAUGUGCACAUCCCAACAUCUAAUCCCAAGGGAUUUAGUAUUCAUUCCUCCCCUCCAGGGGCUCGCACAUGUAAGGAGCUUCAGCAGCGCCCCGUGGCAGUUGGAGGAACUCGUGUAUCAGAGUUUGGCGGUGUAGGGCAGGGUCUUGUGAUAAAGUCACCCAGUCCCGGUCCUGGUUUAAGAAUAAGCUCUGUAUACAGCCUUCAGGACUCUCAGUCAGAGCAAGUCAGGGACAACUCAAACUAUACCACCAUCCGGUACCAGGGUGGCCUACUGGCUCCCGCUGGGCCUAGACCCCAACUGUCUAGACCACCGGGGAUCAGACCACCGGGGAUCAGACCACAGAUAAUAAACAGUGCUAAUGUCCGACAGGGACCCCCAAGGAUGGUGAGGGGACCCAGGCCAGAGCCUGUUAAAACCUCUGUCCAUAAAAUGGAGGUGACCGGUAAAAACAAUGAUACCGAGGUGGUGGAUGUUAUCUGUAUUGAUGAUGACGAUUAGAAGACAAACAGAAUGGUCACUGACCAGUUAACAAUGCAAAGUUUACAGCAACAUUGUGUGGUGUAAGCUAAGUAAUGCAAGAUAUCAGCAUAUGACAUUUGUAUUGGAAGAAUGAUGUUAUGUAUUUUAUGUGUGUACUCCUUGUUGCAACUCGUCCUGUGUGAGAAUUUUGUAUCCAGUCUGAGAAGAUAUGUUUCGUGUGAUGCAUACCCCAAUGUACUAGUCACUCGGCAAACUAUUGCAAAAGUCUAUUGCAAUAGUUUCCGUGUCUGAAUAAGUUGGUAAAACAUUUGGAAUAUGUGAUACACGUGGACAUCCAUUUAUUUUUAAUUUUGAAAUUAAGAUGACAGGCAUAAUACACUUACAGUUUAUGCACAUCCUUAAGUAACUACAGAGUCUUAUUAUUGAAGGUUUGUUAGUGUAAUUAGUCAUCAAUUACAAUUUUAAGUAUAUAUAUUUUCCAAUGUAUUUUUUCCCUUGCAAUCUGAUAGAACUAUACAAUUUUGAUGUAGUUUUACAACUUUUUAUCCUAUAUCAUAGAUAAGAAUUGAGCUGUCGCUACAACAUAGGUUCAUCAAAUCUGUGAUUUUGGACCUUUUGACGGACGUGAUUUGUUCAGUAAUAUUUUGUAAACAUUAAUUGAUGUUGAAAUAAGGACAGGAUCUGGCCAGUACUAGUUUUACUUGAUAUUUAUAAUUAAAUCCUAUUGUAAUGAUUACAUGGUGACUUGCUGCAGUCACACAGUGAACUGCUACACUAAAAUAUCAUCCACAUCGAAACAGACUUAAAUUCUGAGUUGAAAGAUAUUUUGGAGGUGUGAUGGUAUAUAGUUUUCAUACGUGAAGACCCUAGUUGUGUGAUUGUCUGAACAUGGCCUUCAAUAAAGUAUAUGGAGGAUUGAACAGUGACAGUACUCUACAAAAAAGAAAUUUUGUCGCCUUUCACCUUUGAAAAAAAAAACGAAUUAUCACUAGGGUAGAAAAUUUGUCAUGAUGCUAGCUUCUUCCCAUCAACUUUUACCGGUACAGUAAUGGAUUGGUCAAUGUUUUGUAGUUGAAGCCCUCCAAUGGUUUUCGUCAGAACACACAUUUAUUGAGACAUGUCUGCCGAUAUUUAAUUCUAUGAAAGUGGUAAUUUUAGGGAACAUUGAAAAGACUUUGUUUUGUUUUAGUAUCAUUCCUUAAAAGAUUUAGGCAAAUCAGAGAUAUUUAAAUUAGGGGACAAUUCUCCUUGGGGAAUUAAUACUGAAACUCAUACAUCUUGUGAAAUGUAAGUUAUUUAUGAUACCAGUAUGUCACAAGCAGGUAUGGAAGUAACAUUCAAGGGCAAACAUACUUUGUAUAUUACAGGGGAAAGUUUGCAAGUAGUUUUUACUGUCACACUUUUUUGGGGUAGUUAUUAUUUGCCAUCAGUUGGAACAUCAAUACUGAAAUAUCUAUUUACUAAUUGGAUAUACAUAUAAGAUCUAAGCUUGUUUUGUCUAGAUCAAGAUCAAAAUGCUAAGAUAUACUUUCUAUUAAUUGUAGUGUUUUACUGGUCAGAUGUAUCUUACAUCAAGUUAUUUUUUUUGCUAGCAGUGUUUUCAGAAGAAGGGCUGCAACACCUGCAUGGUCAUCUAGAUCUGAUUAUGAUGUCAAUCAGGAUGUCUUUAAAUGUGAAAUCUUGAUCAGUACUACUUAAAGGACACAAAAGCAUAAACUCGACAUUUGAUAUGAACCCAUUGGUGUGGGGUUCCAUCUUUAUGAAAUUAUGAACUAUUUUGAUGUGGGAUUACAGAACUGUAGAAGAGACAUCAUAAUAUACAUCAAGUGUAAGAUGGUUUCAACUAGCUGUAUGUUAUUUUACCAUCACUAACAGACUGCAAUCAAACAUGAAACAUUGAAUAUAAUUUUAUUUUGUUAUUUGUUUUCAAAUUCACUUAUCUUUCUGUUAAUAUCCAAUCUAAUCACACUUUGCUCCCAUUAACCUAAAGCAGAAUUAUAUUACCAUUGAUUGAUAACAUAAUCUUAUUCUUUUGGCAAAAUUGUAUCAACAUGAAGUCCUACUUCCUAUUGAGAAAUGAAAUACAGGUGGGUCAUUAUAUACUUAUUAAUCUGUUCUCAAUGUUAUAAAAACUUUAUUCAUAUGCAAAGGAUACAAAAGUUUGUAUUAUGUAAGUAAAUUUACAUAAUUGUGAUAUAUACCUCGCCUAAUCACCAUAUCCCAGUUGUAAGGUUACCUCCCUUUCAUCACUGCAUCAUCAGCUUACGACCUUGUGGCAGGGGGUGAUUUAUAUCUAACAUUGUGUCCAAUAUAUUGUUGAUGUGCCAGUGUGAAUCGUAAGUUCAUAUAUUAUUACAUAAAUCAUUUCACAGAGAUGCAAAAAUGGUUUUGGAUGAGUGUAUAACUGUAUAUGUAAACAAGUGAAUUAUUUUGUAUGUUUUACAAUCCUGCUCUUAUUAAUUUUCAUUUAUGAAUACUUUGAGUAUGUACAUUUAUCAUUUUGAUUGAGUUCGAAACUGUCCUACAUGCACAUGUUAGCCUACAAUUGGUAGAAUUUGCCAACAGAAAAGUGUGCACGGGUGUUGAUCCUCUCUUCUGUCGUCCUCUUCAAGUUUACAUGUUACUUCUGUCAACCUAUCCUUACCUGGCCACUUAUCAAAUGUCUCUUCAGCUGUUAUAACACAAUAUUUGCAGAUUUUCUGUUUUGAAUUUCAUGUGUAAUAUAAUAAGGAUGAGUAGAAAUUGGAAAUGUUAUCCUUGUUUUGCACCUAAGGAUGGCCGAGUGCAGAAUUCUGGUAGUUGCCAUGGUUUUGAAUCCUUGUAACCUAAUAGGAAUAAUUAUUUUUUAAGGCAUCAGAACUUUUCAUAAUUUUCGUUUUGAACUUGGGUUUUUGUUGGGCGGAUGGAUGGUGUGAAUUUAUCCUUGUUUUCAAAAUGACUGCAGUGCAGAAACACAAAUUCAGUUAAAAUCACAAUCAUGGCUUUAAAUAUUAAAAUAAAUCCUGGUGAAUCACAUCAUCCUGAAUCCUUGACCACUGCUGACCGAGGCUGUGGUACAUUGUAAUCUGUAAUGCUGUACGGCUGAUGAGGCUGAGGCCUGACAUGUGUACCGAUAUUUACCCUCUGUAUAUGUAGCUACAUUUUGUAGGUAGUGGUAUGUCUUGUGUAAGUAGAAUCAUGUUCGCCCAAUGAACUGUGUAAUGAUGAAAUCACCCUGUACAGAAAUGGUGAUGUGUGUUCAUGCCAGACUGGUACAUAGAUCAUGUCUGGAUUAAAGAUUUUCUAAUAAUUGUCAUGAGAAAACGAAAACAAUAAAAAUAUUGAAUAUAUAGAA